CUCCGAAACACGCUGCUGAGCGCAUCGUGGGAAGACUUUCGUCACUGUCCCCAAGAACUUUCGUCGCGUGUUCUGCGUGAUUUCCUUAGAGAUCUCCCUGUGACCUCCAGUGUGGAUGACGCGUGAAUUUAUUGUCUCCAUCGACGAAGAAUUGAUGAUUUGUGCUUCGGUGUCUCUUGCAAGUGUUACAGAUUUUUUCCAAGAAGAAAUCCUUUGGGUGAUUUAGGGUGGGUUAGAGUGACGUGACUGAGGAUUCUUUUGCCUGCCAAAGAUCCAACAGACCAGGGGUUGAGAUAUUUUUUGGGGGAUUGUGCCGUAAGUAAGGAAAGAAAAAAAAAAAACGGAAAAUCAUCGAGAGAGUGAAAAUCUCUGUGAAAGUGUGUUCCAAUCACAAUUUUGACACUUUUUCCGGGCACUUUUUCAACCUCUCUCCAGAGAAUCCUCCUGUAGUUCCUCAAACUCCUUCCGAUUAUAAUAUAUUAGCCAGGGCUUUGGUUGCAGAGCCAGAGAAGGGAUCCCUCUCGAGGGGAUCCAUCCUCCCUUUUUAGGAGGAUUGAAAAUUGAGAAUUUUCCCUAUACAAUCUCCAAAGUGUAUCCUAUGGUGAAUUGAAAGUGCCAGUAAAAAAAAGAAGAUGGUGAAAAAUGCAAGUUAAAAAUGAAAAAUGUUUUGAGCAAAUGUGAUUGGCAGUGUCUAAAAUAAUUCAGUAGGAAAGAUAAAUUAAUUCUGUUCAGUGUGCUUCUCAAUUCAGAUCACUCCAGCAACAUUGUUCUCUGGCAAAUACAAUAAUUAGAUUAAAAAGCUCCAAAGAAGAAAGUUUUCCGACAAAGUCCUACUUUUGUCACAAUUUUCCAGCAAUAGCAAAAAGAAAGUUUUUGAAGAAAGUGUGUGCCGUUGAAAAAGUUUGCCGCGAGACCAAACAAAAAAAAGUGUAGCAAAAAAUUGAGAAAAUUUCCCAAAAAAAAACUCCAACAUCAGACUUUUCCAGUGAGAUUUUCCUCCCAUCCUUCAGCCUUUGUGGAUAUUUGAGUGGUUUAGCUGAAAAAAAAAAGAAUUGGAUCCCUGGUGUUUUGUCUACAUUCUAAAAGGUGGGGUUUGAUUGUCCAAAAAUGUCUUGCAUAAAAGAUGCUCAGCGAUAUCUCAUAAGGAUCCAUUCUGAAUAACUCACAUUUUCCGAAAGCUGAAAAGUGGAAUUAUCUUGAUAUGUGUCCAGCCUGGCGAGUCUGACUGAGAAUGAUCCUGAGAUGAUCAGUGUGGCCAGGUAUGAAGUGGCUGGCGUCUUCCUGGUACCGAGUGUCUUGAAUGCAUCGUGGUGAAGAAGCUGAGAGACAUCUUUGGGAAUGGACCCGGCUCACCUGGCGACACCAAUUGUCCUGAUUAUCAUCCUGCUGGGCGGCACAGCCGGCGAUUGUCCCCACUUGUGCGAGUGCAAGUGGAAGAGCGGCAAGGAGUCGGUGUCCUGUAUCAAUGCCAAUCUCACGUUUAUCCCUGCAAAGCUGGACGCUGGGACUCAGGUGUUGGAUCUCACAGGCAAUGAAAUCACUUCCAUUGAGCGGGAUGCCUUUAGUCGGGUCAAUUUGCUCAAUCUGCAGCGGUUGUUUGUGGUGAAGUGUCGUCUGAAGACAUUGGAUAAGCAUGCCUUUCGGGAUAUCAUCAAUCUCGUGGAACUAGACAUGAGCCAUAACGCUCUUACGAGUGUACCGUCGCAUGUAUUUAGUGGGAUUCCAGAACUCCGGGAGCUUAAACUCAAUGGAAAUCCCAUACAAAGGGUAGCUGUGGAUGCUUUUAGUAGUCUCAAACAACUGGUCAGGCUGGAACUAUCUGAUUGUCGGAUCAGCAAUAUUGAUCCUAAGGCUUUUCUGAGUCUGGAGAGUACGCUGGAGUGGCUGCAUUUAGAUGGGAAUCGCCUGGCGGACGUUCGAUCUUCCACCUUUACAAUUCUGUUAAAUCUGCAUGGCCUGGAACUGGGUAGGAAUUCAUGGAACUGCUCAUGUUCACUCAGACCGCUAAGGGAGUGGAUGUUGCGCCAAAAAGUCCCCUCAGCCGUUGUGCCUAUUUGUCGGCAUCCGCCGCGGCUGACGGGAAAGCCGUGGGAUCGCCUAGACCUAGAUGACUUUGCCUGCACACCAAACAUCGUGGCCACCAGAACCAGCGCCGAUGCCACUGAGGGCAAGAAUAUCACAAUGAGCUGUUACGUUGAUGGAAUCCCCGAACCCAGUGUUAAAUGGAUCUUGAGGAAUCGAGUGCUAGGGAAUGCCACAGGUGGACUGCCAUUGGCACCACCUACUCGGAGAAUGUAUGUCUUGCAGGGCAGAAAGAAUGUCAGCAAUCUAACAAUCAUGUCCACGGAGAUUCAGGAUGCUGGGACGUAUGUCUGCAUGGCUGAAAAUAAGGCUGGCAGAGCUGAAGCCUCGGUAACUCUGACAGUCACCCGCCGGCCGCCGGAGAAUUCCCUCUCAGGGAAAAUUCUUCUGGCCAGUGUAGUGGUAGCUAUUCUCUUUGUGAUCACCUCCCUACUAUUGGCUGUGUGUCUAUUUGCUGUUCGUCGCAGUCGCAAAUUAAAAUCCUGGGGCCAUCAUUCCGCCGGCCGCCGUGAAAGUUACGAGAAAAUUGAGAUGAAGGCCAAAACCUCCAAUCUCAACAAUCCCAGUCAGCACAAAAGCCCUCGCGCUGGGGAGACUCUCAAUAUGAUGGCGGCUAAACUUACAGGGGCUGAAAAUGGCAUAGCCUUCGUGGGAACUGCCACCGCGGCGGCUCAGAGGCGUCAUGGAGAUUAUCGGAAUGUGCCGAGCGAAGACGAUGGCACAGGAUAUGAAGAUAAUUGUGACAUCCCAACGCGGAGGGAGAUGCACGCGGCGCCAAAAUGGAAAAUUAUCAGUCAGCACGAUGCUCCGCCACUUUCAGCCGCCUUUUCUGCGGCUGGCGCAGAUGACACCGACUUGCACAUACCACGAAUUGACUGUCGGAAUGAUGGACAAUUUUCCGGCGGUGCUACGAGUACCGCUUCCGGAUCUGCCUCUCACAUGAUCCCCUAUGGGAAUGUUCCGGCACCCGGGAAUAGCUUUAAGCCCACGUGGUCGCAGCACGUGAUGAAAAAGCAACAGCUGUUUCCGGAUCCUCAGCACCGGAGGAGUCCGUCGGGGGCAGAGAAUGUGGAGAUUGAGGUUGAAAAGGGCUAUCCGGACUUAUUGGACAUCACGAGAUCCAAGAGUCCAUCCUCUUCCACCAAUUUCUGUACUCUUCCACGAAAAAGAUUGAGUGGGAAUGCGAAAUAUUUCCCACGGAAUUCCUCCACGGACAGUCAAUCACCGCUCCUUCCGGAGUGUCCAAGUCGAUAUGGGAGUGAGACUCUGGAUGAUGCUGCGAUGCCUGGGAGUAGGAGACUUUCGGCGGAAUACCAACAGAUUGGGGGACGAUAUCCCCAACAGAGAUCUAGCAGUUUUCUGAAUUUGGUAUCUCCAGGAACAGCCAAACAGUACCCGAGUUUGCCCACAUCUCCCGCCAAGGAAGCCACCAAGCGAAUGCUGUCUCCAGUAGCCACUCCAUUGCUGGACUUCUCUGCCUUACCGGCCAGAAGUCCUCUUGUUCAGACUCCUUCAUCCUCCUCCACAGCUGCCACUUCCAGCGCCUAUGACUACCAUGCAGCCCAGCUGGAGCGUUUCCUGGAGGAGUAUCGGAAUCUUCAAGAGCAACUGUGCAAGAUGAAAGAAACUUGUGAGACAAUUCGUCGGAAGGAGAUGCCCCCAAAAGCUGCUGCUGCAAAAUUGGCCGAUCCACUGAUGUACAAUGCAGCUGUUCUCCAUCAAAAUGCCCCAAGUAAUCUCCUGGGCGAAGAAACAUCCACCAAAAGCAUCCUCAAGAAUAAAUCGCUGCUGCCUGGACAACCACCUGAACCACCACCAUACUGGCUACAUCGCAACGCCCUCCUCAAAAAGCUCAAUGAUCCCAAUGCAGAUCAGCACCUUUUCAAGAGCUGAACAUCAUCAGCUCCUGGACUGAAGUCCCAGCGGCACGAGGAGAGAUACUAGGCUUAAGUUUUCGAAGGACAAAACACAAUUUACUAAAUUAAAAUAAUUCCCUAUCUUCGUAAAUUAAGUCAUUUAGAACAAUUUUAUAUCCACCUGAUAUCCAAUGUUAUUUAAUAUCAAUUGACACAUAUUUUCUUCAAGUCUGUGAAUUUUUGGAACUUCUUGAGAUGACAAGAGAGGUAAGUGGCAUGUUCUUUUUAAUGAGAAUUGUCUUCUGAAAAAUUUAUAUACUAGGGUUCUCUAAAAGCCUUUGCUGAGGUUUCUUGCAAGAAGGACCUUAAAGAAAAUUUAUAAUUUUAACAGUGCUCUUUAUAUCUUUUUCUAUUCUUAUAUAAAUUUUUUUUACAUAAAUAAUCAGGUUUACUAAAACGUAAUGCAGUUGUAGAAGCCUCGCAUAUGUAAAAAUAGACCACGCCCCUUGUAGAAUUCACAUAACUUCUGAGCAAUAUUUCCAAGAUUCCCAAUAUCUCCUAAAUGGGAGGAUCUUUCAAAUAGGCGUGGCACCACUAUACUUUCCCUUAAUCCUUUAACGACGAGACACUUUUCACGGACUGAAAAUCAACAAACAAAAAUUAAACUGAGAAACAUAAUUAAUGAUAAUUCUUACAUCUAACCUUGGAAAGUCCAACAGAGUCUGAUUUGGUGUAUUUUGUGCUUCUAUGAACGAUAGGGACAAAAAUAGCCCAAAAAUUUGAGUAAUUUUUGUGACAAUACCAAUAAAUAAUAUUUUUCGCUUUAAUGAAAAAUAUUACGUAUGAGUAUAUUGUAAUUUUUAAUGUCAUAAAAAAAAUUGGAAAUAUAAAAAAUAAAUAAAAUCAAUUAUGAAUUUGAAAAUUUAAAAACUCGUCAUUUUUCGAUCUUAAAUAUUUACUACAUAGCAAAUAGCUAGAGACUUGCAAAAAAUAUUCUAGAUUUCUUCAAUCUUCUACUUUACAAUUAUGUACAGACAUAAAAAAAAAUUAGAUAGUCAGGAAAAAUUAUUUUCUUUAUGGGACAGCGGUGUUCUAAUCGUCAUUAAAGGGUUAAUCCAAAAGUACCUAAUAAAUUAUUUGAUAUAAAAAUUGUUUUCUUUGACUCGAAAAAAGAAGAAAUUGUUUUAUUUUAAUAAGAUCUUAUCGAGGGUGUGGUUUAUUUUUCCAUGGGGGAGCUUUAUUGACAAUUCAAUUAAGCAAAGUAUUACAUCUAUUUAUUGAAUAUUGGAAUUUUGACAUCAAUUGGUCUUAGGUCUUGAAGGAAGCAUGUUGAUCUAAAAGGAGGAAAUAACCAUAUUAUUUUUUUUUAAUAAAAUUAGAAUUAAUUUGGAACUUUCCAAAUUAUUCGCAGUAUUAAGUAUUCAAGUAAUAUCUCGAUAUAUUUUAUUAAAAUCUCGAUAUUAAAACUUUAUUGAUAUACAACUUUUUUCCAUUUUGUUUUAAAAACAACAGCAGAAUAAUUUCUCUAAAAAAGAACAUCCCCAAAUACCUCUACUACUGCUUAAUUUAAAACUGCCCUCCCCUUACAAAGCAACUUUAAAAUGUACACAAUAAUUCCUUUAGUUUUUUAUACACAUUCUAAUAUUUAGAAAAAAAGGUAAAGGGAAUUUUUUCUGCAAUUAUGUAUAUUCAGAGGAAGGAGAAAAAAAAUUAUUUAAAGUGAAAGAAAAUGUAUCAGAAUGAAGAAAAUAUCAUGUAUAAAAUUAAGGAUAAUAUAGUGAUUAAGUGAUGCAAAAGGCAUUGAAAUGUAAGUGAACAAUUGGUUGAAAAAAAAUAUGAAACUGAUAGUGAAAUGGAAGUAAUUGUCCUGAAUAACGUUGUUAAUAAAUCAUGAGAAGAUGAAAAAUGACAAGAAAA